AUGGAUGAUCUCGAGUCUCUGGAGCUGUUGUCGCUCGUGUCGCGAGUGACAAACGAGCUCCAGAAUCACCUGGGGAUCAACGAGAAGACACUCGCGGAGUUCGUCAUCGACCAGCACCUCAAGUGCAAUGGCUCCUUCCCCGAUUUCACCAAAGCCCUCGAUGAGAUGGGCGCCGAGUUCCCCCAGAGUCUCAUGGAGAGUAUCGACCGCAUGGUGCUCACCAUGCACCCCAAGUACAAGACACAGAAAAGGGAGGACAAUGGCAACUCCGCCGAAGAUGACGACAUGGACCUUUUGGAUGCUCUAGAGAAGAAGUCUCGUGUGUUCAAGGGCCUGGCGGUUCCUGAUACGGAAAAGCGCUGGGAGGAAAACGACUACGUCGAUGAACAGGCUGCGGAUGCAGACUCUGGAGCGGAUGCGAUGGAUGAUACUUUCGCGAUGCUGGAGGGACUGGCUGGAAAACCGAAACCGGAAACUUCUCGCCCGCCACGCACAGAGCGCGACACCAAGAAGCGCAGUCGCAGCCCCGAACGCAUGGAAGACCGCGGACGACGCAGAGACAAGUAUCGCGAGCGAUCACGAUCCCGAAGUGCCCGGCGACAUGGCAAAAAUGACGAUCUCGUCGAUGAGUUCGGUCGGUCGAUUGAUAGAUACGGAGAUCGGGACAGCCGUCGGUCUGGACAUGGGGAUCGCGAUCGUCGGAGGCGCCGUGAUCGGGAUGAGGACGAUGACUUCCGCCGUCCUCCGCCCGUUGAGCUGGAUGACCAUCCAGUUCUUUACAAGGUGUACGACGGAACCGUGACAGGAGUGAAAGACUUCGGCGCUUUCGUGAAUCUACAGGGCGUCAGGGGGAAAGUGGAUGGCCUGGUGCACGUCUCAGCAAUGCAGGAGGGAGUGCGGGUCAACCAUCCCUCGGAUUUGGUCUCUCGCGGGCAACCGGUCAAAGUUAAGGUUGCUAGUAUUCAGGGCACUCGAAUCGGAUUGUCUAUGAAGGAGGUGGACCAGAUGACAGGCAUGGACAUGGUUCCUCAGAAGCGUCUUGCGUCUGGAGCCAAUAUGGAGCGUCUCGAUGGUACAGAGGCCAACGACAGAUACGGCAACUUGAGCUCGGAUGUGCCUGUCAUUGAAGACUCGGGGCGUCGGCCGAUGAGAAAUCGCAAACGCAUGACUUCGCCUGAGAGAUGGGAGAUCAGACAAUUGAUUGCCUCUGGUGUUGCGUCCGCGGCGGACUACCCUGACAUUGACGAGGAAUACAAUGCAACUCUCACUGGAGAAGGCACCUUCGAAGAGGAGGAAGAUGUCGACAUUGAAGUCAAAGACGAAGAACCCCCUUUCUUGGCUGGUCAGACGAAACAGUCUCUUGAGCUCUCUCCUAUCCGUGUUGUCAAGGCUCCCGAUGGGUCAAUGAACCGUUCAGCAAUGGCAGGCACCAAUCUUGCCAAGGAGAGGCGUGAAUUGAAACAGCAAGAAGCCCAAGACAAGGCGGCUGAAAAGGCCGCGGAUGUCGACCUCAACGCCCAAUGGCAGGAUCCAAUGGUUGCGCCCGAGGAGCGGAAGUUCGCCGCAGACUUGCGCAGUGCGCAGCAGCCCAAGCAAGAUGAUGCGGUGCCAGAGUGGAAGCGUGUGACGAUGGGCAAGAACGCUACAUUUGGAAAGCGUACAACCAUGUCUAUGAAACAGCAACGUGAAAGUCUGCCCGUCUUCAAGUUCCGGAAGCAAUUGCUGGAUGCAGUCAGAGACAACCAGUUGAUGAUCGUUGUCGGAGACACAGGUUCCGGAAAGACCACGCAGUUGACACAGUACCUUGCUGAAGGUGGAUAUGGAAACAAUGGAAUCAUUGGCUGUACCCAGCCUCGUCGUGUCGCUGCGAUGUCCGUGGCCAAACGUGUGGCCGAGGAAGUGGGCUGCAAACUUGGAGCAGAGGUUGGAUACACCAUCCGUUUCGAAGACUGUACCAGUCCAGACACCAAGAUCAAGUACAUGACCGAUGGUAUGCUCCAGAGAGAGAUUCUUCUGGAUCCCGAUCUCAAGAAAUACUCCGUGAUCAUGCUUGACGAAGCCCACGAACGCACCAUCGCCACUGAUAUUCUGUUCGGAUUGUUGAAGAAGACCAUCAAGAGACGACCGGAUCUAAGAUUGAUCAUCACUUCGGCCACUCUGGAUGCUGAGAAAUUCUCCGAAUACUUCCAUGGUUGUCCCAUCUUCUCCAUUCCUGGCCGAACUUUCCCCGUCGAGGUCAUGUAUUCCAAGGAGCCCGAAUCCGACUAUCUGGAUGCUGCACUUAUUACCGUCAUGCAAAUUCACUUGACAGAACCUGCUGGUGACAUUCUGCUUUUCUUAACGGGUCAAGAGGAAAUUGACACGGCGUGUGAGAUUCUAUUCGAGCGUAUGAAAGCUCUAGGAACCACUGUCCCCGAAUUGGUCAUUCUCCCCGUCUAUUCCGCGCUGCCCAGUGAGAUGCAGAGUCGAAUUUUCGAUCCAGCCCCCGAAGGCGGACGCAAGGUCGUCAUCGCAACCAACAUUGCCGAAACAUCGAUCACAAUCGAUCAGAUUUACUACGUCAUUGAUCCCGGCUUCGUGAAGCAAAAUGCAUACGACCCGAAGCUGGGUAUGGAUUCCCUUGUGGUGACACCUAUUUCCCAGGCACAGGCCAAGCAAAGAGCUGGCCGUGCAGGCCGAACAGGACCUGGAAAAUGUUUCCGACUGUACACGGAGGCGGCCUAUCAGUCUGAAAUGCUUCCCACCACCAUUCCCGAAAUUCAGCGCCAGAACCUCUCACAUACUAUUCUCAUGCUGAAGGCAAUGGGUAUUAAUGACCUGCUUCACUUUGAUUUCAUGGACCCGCCACCUACCAACACCAUGUUAACGGCACUUGAGGAGCUCUACGCUCUAUCCGCUCUCGAUGACGAAGGUCUCCUGACUCGUCUGGGACGCAAAAUGGCCGAUUUCCCCAUGGAGCCCGCGCUCGCCAAGGUUCUGAUCGCAUCCGUGGACUCAGGCUGCUCCGACGAAAUGCUCAGCAUCGUCGCCAUGCUGUCCAUCCAAUCAGUCUUCUACCGACCCAAGGAAAAGCAACAACAAGCCGACCAGAAGAAGUCCAAAUUCCACGAUCCCCACGGCGACCACCUCACCCUCCUAAACGUAUACAACGGCUGGAAAAACGCCGGCUUCAACAACUCCUGGUGUUUCGAAAACUUCAUCCAAGCUCGCCAGAUCAAGCGCGCCCAAGAUGUCCGCAAACAACUCCUCGGCAUCAUGAACCGCUACAAGCACCGCAUCGUCUCCUGCGGCCGCGACACCAUGAAAGUCCGCCAAUCCCUGUGCACCGGCUUCUUCCGCAAUGCAGCCCGCAAAGAUCCCCAGGAAGGAUACAAGACCCUCGUCGAAGGCACACCCGUCUACAUGCAUCCCAGCUCUGCGAUGUUCGGCAAGCCCUCCGAGCAUGUCAUUUACCAUACUCUUGUUCUGACGACGAAGGAAUACAUGCAUUGCACGACGGCCAUCGAACCCAAGUGGCUUGUUGAGGCGGCGCCGACUUUCUUCAAGGUUGCGCCGACGGAUAAGUUGUCGAAGCGUAAGAAGGCGGAGCGCAUCCAGCCUUUGCAUAAUCGCUUUGCGGGCGAGGAUGAUUGGCGUAUUUCUGCUCAGCGGAAGCAGGGGCGUGGUGGUGGUGGUGGAACUUGGGGUUGA